AUGGUUCAUAUUCUGGGCAUCCAACUCCCAGACAAUCAGAUUGCAAGGUUUGCCUUGACAAAAAUAUAUGGUGUCGGGCACCACACCGCGCACCGUCUGUGCGCUAGGCUACAAGUUCACGACAAAUGCAAAGUGAAGGACCUUUCGCCAUUCCAAGUGACCUCACUGGCAUCCUUCCUGUCAUCCCCCGCCACUGCCCCACCCCUACCUCGUUAUCCGCUCGCGACUUCGGACUAUGUCCCACCACCUCCGAGCGUCUCUUCCCAAGAGCUGCUGGCGCGUUUCAACGAAACCAAUAAAAAGAGGGCUAUCAAGAACACUGACCCAUUGAAGAAUCUCAAGAUAGAGUCGGAGCUGAGGAGGGAGGUCCGGGAGAACAUUGCUCACCAACGUAUGAUUGGCAGCUAUGUUGGAAGACGGCACGCAAUGCACCUCCCCGUCAGAGGACAGAACACGCAAAACAAUGCAAAGACCGCAAGAAAAUUCAACCGUUUGGAUCGACAUUAG